GAAUUCAGAAUAUUCUUUUUUUGAUAGUCAAACAUAAAUGUUAUGCCAAUUAGCUUUAGUUUUUGACGUGACCGAUAAUUUUCCGUUAAAAUUCAGAAUUACGUCAAAGUAUCCGAUUGACCAAUGAAAUCAUCUCUAACACAAGGUCAGGCAAUGAUUCACAGACUGAGGCCGGCAUUUUGAUUUUCAUUGAAAGUUAUUUUAUACAUUUUAAAUCAUAAAAUGGAAAAAGUGGCUGAAAAUCUUGAACAAAAGGGUAGAUCUCAACAGUUCAAAAAUAAAGGAAAGGAUGCUGAGGAAAUGCGUAGAAGAAGAACUGAAGUUACCAUCGAAUUAAGAAAGAACAAAAGAGAGCAACAUGUUCUGAAAAGGAGAAAUGUACCUGCCCAGGAUAGUACGGAUUCUGAUGAGAUUGAAAAAUUACCAAAUCAGUCAUUAAAGACUAUUGUUGAGAAUGCUUCCAGUGAAGAACCAAAUGUCCAACUUAGUGCUGUUCAAGCAGCAAGGAAAUUACUUUCAAGUGACAGAAAUCCACCAAUAGAUGAUUUGAUUUCAUCUGGAAUUUUACCAAUACUUGUUAAUUGUUUAUUGAAAGAUGAUCUCCCAUCUUUGCAGUUUGAAGCAGCAUGGGCUCUCACAAACAUCGCAUCAGGAACAUCACGGCAGACUCAAGCUGUAGUUAAUGCUGGUGCAGUUCCAUUAUUUCUAAGACUUUUAUCAUCACCACACCAAAAUGUAUGUGAACAGGCUGUGUGGGCUUUAGGAAAUAUUAUAGGGGAUGGACCUGAAUGUAGAGAUUAUGUGAUAAAAGAAGGAGCUGUGAAGCCAUUACUGGCCUUUAUAAAUCCUAGUAUUCCAUUACCUUUCCUCAGAAAUGUAGCAUGGGUUAUUGUUAAUUUAUGUAGAAAUAAAGAGCCACCUCCACCAUUGGAAACUAUACAAGAAAUUUUACCUGCUUUGAACCAGUUAAUACAUCACACAGAUAUAAAUAUUUUAGUUGAUACAGUAUGGGCAUUAUCCUAUUUAACAGAUGGUGGUAACGAACAGAUACAAAUGGUGAUAGAUUCAAGCGUUGUCCCGUUUUUAGUUCCUUUAUUAAGUCAUCCUGAUGUAAAAGUACAGACAGCAGCACUUAGAGCUGUAGGUAAUAUUGUAACUGGAACAGAUGAACAGACUCAAAUAGUAUUAUCAUGUGACGCUCUGUCACAUUUCCCGUCGUUACUCACUCAUCCUAAAGAAAAGAUCAAUAAGGAAGCAGUAUGGUUUUUAUCGAACAUCACAGCUGGAAACCAGACACAAGUUCAAGCUGUUAUAGAUGCUGGAUUAAUUCCAUUAAUAAUUCAUCAUUUAGUCAGGGGUGACUUUCAAACAAAGAAAGAAGCAGCAUGGGCUAUAAGUAAUUUAACGAUAAGUGGAAGGAAAGAACAGGUACAUUUUGUGGUAGAAAAUGGAGUUAUUCCUCCAUUCUGUGACUUACUCAGUGUAAAAGACACUCAAGUAGUUAAUGUUGUUUUGGAUGGUAUAAAUAAUAUAUUGAAAAUGGCUGGAACAGAAGUGGAUCACAUCUGUCAGCUUAUUGAAGAAUGUCAAGGCUUAGAUAAAAUAGAAACUUUACAGAAUCAUGAGAAUGAAGAGAUAUAUAAACUAGCAUAUGAUAUAAUUGAUCAAUAUUUCUCUGAAGAUAUUGAAGAAGAUCCCAACCUUGCUCCAGAACAACAAAACAAUGCUUUCCAGUUUGAUCCUAAUGCCCAAGUACCUCAAGAAGGAUUUAAGUUUUGACGAACUUGUAGCCUCAAUGAAUACUUGUUUUACAUGCUGUGAUGUCUAAAACUUGUCUUAUACUUCAUCUAUCAGCAGUAAUGGAGAAUUCAGAAAGACAAUGCCAUGGCAAAAAUUUUCAGUUCAACUCCAGAAUUAUGCCAUUUCCAAUUUAUAUAUCAUGGUUUCCAUAGCAACAGUUUAAUGUUGCCAAAGAACUAUGGUCAUCAGAAUUGCCUAUGCUAGUGCUAUUGAUAGUAUUUAUUUACAAUUCAGAAACAAUUCGUUUUUUUACCUGAAUAAAGAUAAAGUUUAUUUGUUUAUCUCCUAUUUUUUUACUUUCUAUUAAAUAAAAUGCAGUCAAGGGGUACUAGUCUAGAUGCAUACAUCUGAUAUGAAUAGAAACAAUAUUCAUAGAUGAUAAGAUGUAGUAUUUCAGAAGUUCUAAAGGUCUAAUGGAUGCUUAAAAUACUAAAAACAUAAUUUGUUUACACUUACACAGACUUGUAAAUAAAGUGUAUACUUAUAUGUAGUCUAUAAUUAAAUGUGGAUAUUGUGACUUUAUUUGACGUAAGAAAACAUUCAGAUGUUAUUUAUAACUGACUGGUUUAUUAAUUUACAUGGUCAUUUUUAAGAACAUCAUUCACUUAAUAAUGAUGUAGUACAUGUACAGGAAACUACCUAUAAUUGAAUAUAUAUUUAAGUAUUAUAAGGGAAGAAUAUUAAAUAUAAUUUUAAAAUGCAAUACACAUUCUUAUAGAUACAGACCUACCAUCAAAACAUGUUAUUAUUUAAAAAACAUUUAUUACAAGGCUUUUUCAGGCCCUAGUUUUGUAUAUCCCAAUACAGGAGAGAUCAAAAUGUCAUUUAUUCUACAAUCUCCAGUGCUGGAAAUUAAUAUUUCUUGUUAAAAUGUUGUAAAAUUUUAUACUUUAUCAUUAUUUUCAGUAUUGCUCAAUUUUUGUUGUAGUUUAUUGAAUAGUCAUAAUUUCAGCAAUAUUUCUUAAUUAAAAUGACGGCUGUUAUGUUUUUUUCUCUAUUAAUGAUAUUUUCACUGAUGGGUAUAUUUGUGUUCAUUAUUGCAGAUUUCCAAUUUGAGAACUCGAGGUGAGGGCAUAGAAAUCUUAUUUUGUUAAGAAGCCAAAACAUACUAAUUUUAAAAUGAGUUUUUAAGAAAAGGCAAAUUUAAGUAAAAUUGCACUGACAUUUAGAUAUUUAAAUGCAUUCUUUACAUUUGUACUAUCUGUAAGAUAUUAAAUUUUUUAUUCUCAUGACAUCAAAUCUGCAGGUGUAACAUCUCAAUGGUCACAUGUAUGGCUAGAUAAAAUUUCAUUGGUUGGUUUAUUAAAGAACAAGUUAUACUGUUAGAUACAGAACAAUAUGUCAUUGAUACCAAGUGUAACAAAUCCCAAGGUCAUACUUAUGGUACCAUGUACAAUAUUUAUCUUUAUCCAACAUUCAGGCUGUGAUUGAUGAAGAGAUUUUAUACCUAACGAUGACCCGGUUAUUAAGUUGCAUUUUCAUUUAUUUAUAACCCACAUCUUCAUUAUUUCAUUAGGUUUUAGGCAGGUUAAUAAGUAAAAUUUACUGACUGCAGAAUAAAAUUAUAUUAUAUAAAGUUACUAUGUUUAGAAUGAGUGUGGAUUUAUUACUAUUUGAUGGAUUUCUAUGAUAAUAUUUUUAGAGUCUUACAAAAUUUAAGUAUUCUGAAAGAUUUGGCUGAAAACCAAGAAAUAAAAUAUCCAUGAAUAUAUAUUUUUUUCUUGACACAUCAAAAUAUUAGAAUCCUAAGUAUAUAAAUCUUCAGGAAAGCUACUGUGUCUUUCAUUAACUCUCAGCAUGCAUUUAAUGUUUGUUGAAUUGGAAUGUGCUUUCAGUUACCACUUAUACAAAGGUUCUGUCUAAUUUUGGUUUACAUUGUAGUCAAUUAGCUCAUGGAACAAGAGUCAUAACUUCAUUAAGUCUUAAUACAGAUCUCAGAGUCUGUAAUGCAUUCUUUUUGUCAUUUCAAAGAUUUUAAAGAAUUUUUUGUGGUCUUAAAUUGAAAACGAUCUUUUCUAGACCUCCAGCAACACUUGUUGAAGACAAGGCAUUGAUUGACCUUUAGAAGUGACUUAGUCAUGUAAAUUUUGGUUGCUGUCUCAUUGACAUAACCCACAUCUCCUUUGAUAUACUUGUUAAUUUGCUGGAAAAGUGGCUGUUUACCCAAUAGAAAUACUUGUAUUUAUUGUACAAUGUUUGCUCCCUCCUGUGUAAUGCAGAUAUGUUCCUGUAUAUUACUGCAAUGCCAUGUUAAUGAUGUUAUGUUCAAUAGGUUAAUCCUGCUUAUUAUUAUAGAUCUAUUCCAGGGUGGUUUCUUGUGAUAAGUUUGUAAAUAUCUGAUCACAAAGGUAUAGGCAAAUCUAGGAAGCUUAUUUACUGCAUGGGUUUCUGCUUCUUAAAUAGAAAUUUCGUUAAAAUGAUUUUUAAGUUUAUUUUUUUCUGACUUAUUUGAGAAAGCCUUAUUCAUUUGGCCCGAUUGUGAACAUUUUAAUUCAGUAUCUGACAUGUAUAUAACAAACUAAUUACACCAUUGUAUGGCAGAAGAAAUGAAUUAUUUAAUGUUGCUUAAUUAUAAUACAAUGUUUUCCAGAACUCCUUUGUUGUAUGUUAAAUUUGAUUUAUGUGUUGCUUUCUUUAAUUUUAAGAAUGUUCCAAUUUAUAAUAAAAUAAAAGAUUUUGUGUCCAUUAUUGUUGAAACAAAAAAUUUGCAGAACUUUCUUCAUACAGAAUAUUUACAAUUUCAUAAAUAUUGAUAUAUAUGUCUUUUUUUUAAAAGGCGAGAAACAAUGGAGAUUGAAACUGCACAUCCUUAGAUAAACUGUAACGCUAUGUGGCCAUAUUAUUUGGUCUGUGAAAAUAUUUUGUAUGUAUAAUGCCUUGUAAAUAUUGUAGACAAAAAAGUGGGCCAUUUUAACUAUGUAACAUAUGUAUAUAAUGUGGUAACAACUAAAAGUUGUUAUAAAUUUAGGCUAGUUUAUUUGAAAUAUCCUUUGAUGGAUUCAUAUGUGUAUAUGGAUUUUACUAAAUCCUGUAUUUUAUAAUUAAAUCUGCACUGCCAAAUUUUUAAAGGUUAUAAACUGAAUGUUAAGAUGGCCCUCUCUCUCAGUUUGUAAUUAUUGUGUAAAGGUUUUCAUUGUUGCCAGUCAGUUAAUGGCUAUUUAUAACACUGGUGUAAUUAUUGUGUAAAGGUUUUCAUUGUUGCCAGUCAGUUAAUGGCUAUUUAUAACACUGGCUUUCAAGGUCAGAACUUUUUUUAUGCAAGAUUGUUGAAUAUUAAAAAAAUGAAAAUUAUUGUUUUGAAAUAUAUUUGUUUUUGUCAUUGGAAACCAGUUGCAUUAUAGUAUUCUAUGUUUUUAUUUAGUAGGUUUAGGAAACUAUUUUUUUUUCAGAAUUUCAAUGAAAUUUGCAAUGCUUUUAUGCCAAUUAACAUUCUAACUGGUAUAUAAAUGGUGCUAUGAGAAUAACUAGCAAUAGUUUUCCAUGAUAAAAGACAAAUAUAUUUCAAUUAAAACAUGUUGUUUUGCAGCAGCCUGCAAUGAAUGAAACCAACAAUAAAUACAAAAUGUACCAGUCUUCAUGUAUAGCAUGAGAACUGGUACGUAUCUAUUUCUCA